AUGGGGGGAACAACUUCAAUCAAGAUCAUCAGAAAAUCAAUCCACACAUUCCUCCAAAGCUACAAUCACUUCAAAUUGCAUCCCUUUUUAGCUCUUCCUUUCUCACUAUCAAUCCUCCUCUUAUCAUCUAUUUCACAUGAUUUCAUUUCCCUCCAACACACAAUCCAUUUCCGCCUUCCGUCCCUAUUUGAUGCCACUGGAAUCCCAGUUUCAUCUCAAUUCUUCUCAUCUUUCAACCUCAAACUCUCCCAAACCAUCACAUCAACAAUACUACUCCUACCUUUUAUUAGCAAAAAUCAGCAAAAAUAUGAACUUAUCAGCAAAAAAUCAGCAAAAUCAAGCAUGAAUAAAUUCAUGCGUUCAGUUGGAAUCAAUCCAAAACUAACAAAGCUGAAAUCAAAAAUCAAAAGAGGAUUCGAACUUACAAGGAAAUCAAGCUACAACCGAGUUUGUUGUGGCCGGAAUCGGAUUGACCAACGUCGACUAUGGCCAGAAUCGAAGAAGAACCGGUCCCCGUCGUCUUCUGCAGUGGAGUACUCGCCGGAAUCAAGUCGCCGGUGUCCGUUUGUGUCCGGAAUUGGAGCCGCCGGCAUCGGCUAUGGCCGAAAUCGAACGACGAUAGAAGCGAUCGAUUGA